AUGGAAACGUUAAUACUGAAAUCGUUGGUAAAGUUACGCAAAGUGUGUACCCGUAACCACCGUGAAUUACGUGAUCUGAUUGAUGCAGCUCAAGCAAAGGUUACGUUACAUGGUCAAGAGGGUACAGUUGAAGUCCCCGUUGCGCCUUUUUUACUCGCGUGUUUGACCCGGUCUGCAAAGCUUGUGGCAGUAGCAUUGGACUGUAUGGAAAAGUUCCUAGCUUUUGGAUUUUUGAAGGAAAUUGGUACAAUUCCAGAAGAGAUACGACGUCGUUUGGUACACAAGAGACCAGCUGUUUUAUCCACUUCUGGACGUCGAUCUGUUUUUAAUUUAAAAUCCGGGUCUGGGUCUGAAAUGUUGAUUGGAUCCGGGUCAAAUGUUGCUCCGUCGUUUGAAUCAAGUACACCUUCAAGCAACAAUGAGGAGAUUACUAUAGGAGCAGGAACAACAGUAGGAGAAGAUGAAGAAGGUGUUUAUGAGGGAAACGAGUACCGACUGAUUGAUUGUAUUGUUGAAGUAGCAUGUGACUGUAAUGACCAUUCGGACGAAAUUGUACAGAUUCAAGUAUUACGGAUCUUAUUGACGGCUGUGACGACACCAACGUGUGAAGUGCAUGAACAUGCAUUGUUAAAAGCAGUGAGGGCAUGCUAUCACGUGCAUUUAGUGAGCAAAAGUGCGACAAACAGGAUGGUGGCAAAAGCGACGUUACAGCAGAUAAUCAGUAUUGUAUUUCACAGGAUGGAAACAUUUGACAGAAAGGUAGAGGAAGAGACAAAAAUCGCGUUCGAGACGUCAGUGGAUAUACAGGAACAAGACCAACACAGUCUACGGAUCGAGAAGGAUAAAGGCCAGGAACAGAGAGAAAAACCAGAGCAAUAUGAAGUUGAAAAAGGUGACAGCAAUGAAGACAUUAUUAGUCAAACGCGACCUACAGAGUCUAGGGCCGCUUUAUCUCCGUCAGUUGCAGGAGCACUUCAGCUUCCUCGUGCACCAGUUUGUCAGGAUGUAACGGCAAGCUCGUCUGCGACAAUAGAAGAAACUAAGACAGUCGCGACUCUACCACAACCAGUGUGCACCCCAGCGUUCCCGUCUGUGCUACACAAGGACACAUUUUUGCUGUUCCGAUCCCUUUGCCGAAUUUCUAUGCGAUCUGUUGCUGAUGACUCUCCGGCAGCUAAUAGUGUGAAUGGCUCAGCGGCUGGAAACGCAGAAAACGGUGCUUCUAUCGAAGACCCUUUUGCUUUUCAGAGUAAGAUCUUGUCGCUGGAACUAGUGAAGGAAAUUUUGGAAAAUGCUGGACCAUCAUUUCAACGUGGUGAGCGGUUCGUGCAUGCCAUUCGACAAUACUUAUGCCAGUCUCUACUGCAGAACUGCACGAGUAACUACACGCAGAUCGUAUCGUUGUCACUGCAGGUAUUUUUGGUUCUGUUGCGCAAUUUCAAGCGCCAUCUUAAGGCAGAGUUAGAUAUCUUGAUCACAAGUAUUUUUCUGCGCCUGUUGCUGUCUGAAAACGCCAGCUUUGAACACAAACUCUUGGUAUUAGAGGCUUUGCAUGCGAUCUGUGACGACCCGCAGACUCUAGGUGAGAUUUUUAUAAACUACGAUUGCGACUGGAAUACCAACGAUUUGUUCAAGCAAAUUGUACACGCACUUGCCAAGGCCGCUAAAGGUGGUCGCUCUCAAGACGCUGCAGCUCAACAGUAUGCUGCCAGUUUAUCCACUAGUGCGCGCAUCAAGAUGCAGCAACAAGAUACCGCUCUCGCCCUGAAGGGACUCGAAUGCCUUACAGCCACUACAGCGUCGUUGAAGAAGGCGGCAAAUUUUAUCGAAAUUGAGCAACAUUCUUCUUUUCAGCUUGAGGGAGAGGAGUUUCAAAAUAGUGAAAAUGGCGGAGACGAAGACAAUAUUGCCCCGCCGGACUUGGCGGCAGUCGUUUCAUCUACGAUGUCGGCAGUUGAGGCCUUUGCGAGCAAGAAGAAACGCCAAGAAGAAAUGGCCACAGGCAUUCUCAAAUUUAACGUGAAACCUAGUGCUGGUAUUGCAUAUCUUGUUGCUCAUGGGCAUAUGGGUGAAGGUUCGCCACGUGAUGUCGCUAAAUUUUUACACACGCACAACACCAAGCUGGACAAAACAAUGGUGGGUGAUUACCUCGGAAAUGGUGUUCAUUAUCAGGGAGGUUUUUGCGUGAAAGUACUCCAUGAAUACGUAGAUAUGAUGGAAUUUACUGGCAUGGAGAUCGAUAUUGCUAUCCGUCACUUUCUUUCUGGUUUUCGUCUGCCUGGUGAAUCGCAGAAGAUUGACCGAAUGAUGGAAAAGUUUGCGGAACGGUUUUUCAGCUCCUGUCCGCCUGACUUAUUCCCUAGCGCGGACACUGCAUUCAUCUUAGCGUUCUCUAUCAUUAUGCUCCAGACGGAUCUGCACAACCCGAGCAUUGCGGAGGAGAAAAAGAUGGACAAGGCUGGAUUUCUACGCAACAAUCGCGGUAUCAACGAUGGUAAGGAUUUGCCCGAGGACUAUAUGGGCGCUAUUUUUGAUCGUAUCAAAGCAGCGCCUAUUUCUCUAAAGGAAGACGACGACUUUCGUACUCGGCGUGGUGGAGUCACACUUGCUACUGCGAGUUCUUUGUUUGGGGCUUCAGGCGCGACCACAGAUCGCAUGCGGCGUGAUGCUUACAUUAAAGAGCGUGAAUCGAUGGUACGCCAGUCUGAAGCUCUAUUUAAGCGUCAUGUACCGAAAUCAGCGCGAGGUCAACAACCGUUGUCCAUCUCAUCUCGUAACAACCGACCUGGUGCAUCUAAUGCGUCAGACUCAGGGGUCUCCUCCGUAUCACAGCAAAACAACGAUGCUUCUUCGUAUCUCUUGGCACCAGAUCCUUCGUCGUCCGCGUUUCGGGAAGUGUCAGGAUACAAUGAGCGUUCCCAUGUGCAGCCCAUGUUUGAUACGUUGUGGGCCCCGCUUCUAGCAGCGUGCUCGGUGACCUUUGAAAGCUCUGAAUCGGCAGAGGCCAUCCAGCUGUGUCUCGAUUCAUUCCGGUAUGCUGUGCAUCUUUCUUCAAGGCUGAACAUGCCAGCGGAACGUGACGCCUUUGUAAUGGUGUUGACCAAAUUUACCGCGCUACAUACAACAAACGCACGACUGAUGCGGCCAAAGAAUAUGGAGGCAAUCAAGGCUCUAAUUUCGAUUAGUGUAAAGGAGGGAAAUUACCUUGGCGAUUCAUGGCACGACGUUCUUCAGGCCAUUUCGCAGCUAGCUAGAAUUCAAACACAUGCUCAGGGCUUGCACGAGCGUUCUGCGCCAGGGCCAGUUUCCAGUGAAUUAUCCUAUUUUAACAGACAGCCGUCCCCUGGCGUAAGUAGCCAAUCUAGCCGCAAUAGUAGCGGUAAUUUUACGCCUUCGUUUAGUAUGCUUGGCUCUACAACAAGCAGUAAGCGUGGUGGGUCAGGGUUGUCGCUUACGUCUCCGUCCCAAUCUCAGCGUGAAACUGGCGGUCGUGGGGGCGGCUCUGAACUAGACGAGGCCCAAAUUGAAGACGAAAAUGCUGCACGCGUGCUGAAGGAGAUUGAUCAGCUUGCAAGCGAUCGUGUUUUUUCAAGUUCUGUGUCACUGAGUGACCAAGCCCUUCAGGAGUUUGUCGUACAACUUACUGUUGUGUCGCUGUCAGAGUGUUCAGGCGUCGGACCGUCUGGUGCUAUAGGUGGUUCUCUUCCUCGUGUGUUCAGCUUGCAGAAGCUUGUCGAAGUAGCUGAUAUGAAUAUGCGAACUCGUUCCCGUAUGGUGUGGGCAGCAACGUGGCAGACUUUGUCGAGACACUUCACCACUGUUGGAUGCCACGAGGACUUGACCGUUGGCAUGUACGCUAUCGAUUCGCUGCGUCAGCUUAGUGUAAAAUUUCUCGAGCGAGCAGAGCUUCGCGAUUUUAACUUCCAGCGGCUGUUUUUGGCGCCUUUCGAAGUAAUCAUGGCAAAUGCCACAUCUCUCGAAACCCGUGAACUGGUUUUGCGCUGUGUUGAAAACCUGGUGCUCGCUCGAGUGGAUAACAUCCGUUCUGGAUGGAAAACAAUUUGGGGUGUGCUGCGUAUAGCUGCCGAGACGUAUGCGCCUGGCAGCGAAAAUCGAGUGGUGUUGCUAGGAUUUCAGAUCGCGCGUGGCGUGUUGGAGCGUCACUUUGACUGCAUCGUCGAUGUAUUCGUCGACGCUGUCGAGUGUCUACUGGCUUUUGCAGUAUGCGGUUGUGAGGAGGUCGAGCAUCAAAUGGAGGAGCAAAUAUCACUCACGCAGUUAGGAAUUGACAGCAUUGGCCUUCUACGUAGCGUCUGCAUUGAAAAGCUGGCGACUGGAGAGGUGAUUGAGCCGCUUGCUGCUCGUGAAACUGCACGAUCCUUUUUAGCUGCUUCAGCUUCUGCAGCCAAGCAGGCAAUUCGUGGUAGUCUCAAGACAAUCAGGAUUGUAGCGGACGAUCCUACCGGUGAUAGUGGCACGGCUGAUGGCGUUCAGUCGGUGCGGCACCAGAAGCAAGAAUCUAUGCGCUCACUAGAGAGAGAGAUGGCUAAGCUGUCAUCACCCAAGGUAUUAACAUCUGCUGCUGCUUCAUUACCGACAUAUCAAGGCGCUGAUGCUGUGGCAGCCGAGGAGCCGGAGUAUCUUGUGAGCAGCGAGACGGUUUACAACGACUCAGCUGCACAUAUGCGGGUGUGGUGGCCUGUGCUCUCAGCUCUAUAUACGCUUGCUGCUGACCGUCGUCUGGACGUGCGUCUUGCAGCACAGGAAGCGCUCUUCGACGCGUUAGAGACUCAUGGCACGAAGUUUUCGUCUAGUCUGUGGAUGGUGAUUUUUAAAGAUGUCCUUAUUCCUCUGCUGGAUGAGCUGCGCCACCUUGAGGUUGUUGUGAACAAGGGUGCACAUAUGUCGCCCAAGCUGACGUUGCCACCGACGCUUAAUUUGUCUAGCCGCAUGCCUCACUACUCUGCUGGAAAAACCACUGCAACGCUGUGCCUCGAGCGGCUGCUAGAGUGCUUCGGGCUUUUCUACGAUAUUGUGGGAUUCUUACCGGACGUUCUCUUUCUGUUGGGCAAGUGCAUGGAUGCUGAUGCUGACGAACAGCUUGCAGCAGCGUCGCCACGUGCGCUUGAAGUCAUGUUGGUCACAUAUGGACACAAGAUUUCCGAGGGUGUCUGGGGUCUCAUCAUUGAUGAACUGCGCAAUGUUAUGAAGCGUGCUGAGCCAACGUGGAUAUUUUUUGCCUUGCCUCGCGAGAAUGUCACUGAACCUCACAUUGAUUCUGUUGACCAGAGCCCUCCAAAACUGAACGCGGCGCCAGCAUCUGAUCUCAUGUCACCUCAGCAACCUUCGCUUUUGGGUAUGUAUCCUGGAGUAGUGGCGAUUUUGGGCUUUACAUUCGUUGCACGCUUUCCACCAAAGGUGAUCAGCGCAGAAGAGACAGAAGCUUGCCGACUACCGUCACACACACAUUUAGCUAUUCUACUGGCUCUGCAGCGAUUAGCAGGAAAUGUACUUGCCAGUCGUGAAGGGGAAAAGCUGUCAGUGAGCGAUGGUCAUGCUCGCUCACUCUUGUCAUGUCUGCGUGAAAGUUUCGUAUUUGCACGCAAGGUCAACGAUGCUGUGCCACUACGGCGUUAUCUGCAGCGCAUGGGAUGGCGAUAUGGAAUGACGGUGCCAUCAUCCAAUGAGCUCCCCAGUUUGCUACCACAGGAAGUGGUGGGCAAGCAACAAUAUCUUCACGUGUUAUUCACUACUCUCACUCAUGGCAUAAAGAACAAUGAUUUGGAGCCGAUUGAAGAGCAGGAGGAAGCUCGCAGAUACAUGAUACGCUUGGUACAAGACACAUUAGAAGAAUACUUGACCUGGACAGGUGUAGCUCUGCAGCAUUUUGAGGAAAGGAAGGUCGUACCUGCUGAUGCACAACAACGGGUGGAAUACUUUACGCCUCUUAUGGUUGCAACACUGAGGGAGCUUGCUGAGGUCGACAGUACAGAGCUACAGCACUAUAUGUCAUGGUUGUACCCGCUUCUGACGAAGCUGAUGAUCGUGCCAAAUGCCGAGGUUCGCGUAGCACUCUCGAAUGUGUUUAACAAAGCAGUACGACAACUGUUGCCGCCAAUGUAG